AUGGCACCGCUAGAGGCCCCCCAACUGCGAUUCCUUAGCGAGGCAGCCGCUUUGCUGGCAGCGCGGAGUCCAUCCACGGCCGCGCAUCUGUUCUCGGCGCACACGCGGAUCUUGCAUGACGAGCUGAGGCCGCUCAACUCGCGUCAGCAGAAACAUCACUGUGGAGGAUGUGGUAGUCUUAGACAGCCUCAAGGCACCAGAGUUACUCAGGUAAAGCCCAGGGCCAAGACGCGGGUUGCUUCUAAGUUGGGCGCGAGGUCGAUUGGGGGUGCGACGGUCUACAAGUGUUUGCGAUGUAACCAACGCGCGAUCAAUCCACGCAAAGGAACAGCCCCGAAGGUUUCGUCCAAGCUGUCUUCUCGUACCCUUCUAGCUACUGCUUCUACUUCCCCCGCCACACCCAGUUCUAUCCCUUCGACCUCCUCUCCGGCUGAGUCUUCAACUCCGCAAGCCGUGCCUGCCAACACCGAGCCGGCUAAAACAGCUGAUAACGCGAACAGCAAGAAACGAGCCAAGGCCCGAAAGCAAGGUGGCCUGCAAGCCCUGCUCGCCUCCAAAAAGAACAUCCAACCCUCCCUGGACCUGCUCGACUUUUUGCACUGA